UGUGUCGGUGACGGCUCGUUGUCAGCUGUUGGUAAUUUGUUAAUAAUCGGCCAUAUUUAUUGUUUAAUUGAAAAUUAGUUUAUGUAGAUUCAAUUAUAAAACUGAUGUUAAAUAUUGGGCGUCACUAAAGUUACUAUGCCUUUAGCAAAUUCAGUAGAACCAUGGCAAAUUCAGCACGCCGAUACAGAGCUUUUGGAGUAUCCAGUUCCCUAAGAAUAGUGUCUUCGCAGUCUGGAGAUGCCGACGAGGUGGUUUCGGAAGAAUCUGGGCCUACAGAAGGCGAACAUGAAAUUGAACUGGGAGAAGUUGUUAGAAAUGGCCACGACAAAGCAGAUCCCUCUCAGUUCGAGCUGCUCAAAGUGCUGGGGGAGGGGUCAUUCGGGAAAGUGUUCCUUGUUCGUAAGGUGGUGGGAAACGAUGCUGGCACUUUAUACGCCAUGAAGGUAUUGAAAAAAGCCACCCUCAAAGUGAGAGACCGCCAUCGCACGAAAAUGGAAAGAAACAUUUUGGUGGAGGUGGAACAUUCCUUCAUCGUUAAAUUGCAUUACGCUUUUCAAACGGCCGGAAAGUUGUACCUUAUUUUAGAUUUUUUGAGGGGAGGAGAUUUGUUUUCGCGAUUAAGCAAAGAGGUAAUGUUCACUGAAGAAGAUGUUAAGUUUUAUUUAGCCGAACUAGCAUUAGCUUUACAUCAUUUACACACCUUAGGUAUUAUCUACAGAGAUUUAAAACCAGAGAAUGUUCUGUUGGAUGCCGACGGACAUAUAGCUCUGACCGAUUUUGGCCUAUCGAAGUUGCCUCUGGAGGAAGGAAAGGCAUACAGUUUUUGUGGCACAGUCGAGUAUAUGGCCCCCGAAGUGGUCAACAGGAAGGGCCACACCUUCGCCGCGGACUGGUGGUCGUUCGGCGUGCUCAUGUUUGAGAUGCUAACAGGAGCGUUGCCCUUCCAGGGCUCCAACCGGAAAGACACCAUGACUCAAAUCCUCAAAGCCAAAUUGGGCAUGCCUCCGAACCUAAGCCCGGAAGCUCAGAGCCUACUCAGGGUGUUGUUCAAGAGAAACCCGGCCAACCGACUAGGUGCGGGCCCUGGCGGCGUGGAGGAUUUGAAAAAGCACGAGUUUUUCGCUACCAUAGAUUUCGAUGCGCUUCUUGCCAAAAAGAUUAGACCUCCGUUUCAGCCGGUCGUUUGCGGACCCGAGGACGCCUACUUUGAUUCCGAGUUUACCAGCAAAACGCCGAAGGAUUCCCCUGGGGUACCUGCCAGCGCAAACGCCCACGAACUCUUCAGAGGGUUUAGUUUUAUCGCUCCCUGCUUGCUAGAAAACGGCAACGUUCCAAAGAAAACGGAAACUCCCAUAAAAUCUGUUAAGACGUGUGAACGUAACUUCUUCGACGAUUACAUUCUGAUGGAUAUUAUCGGAGCCGGAAGCUACAGCGUGUGCAAGUUAGCUAGGCACAAAGCAACCGGGCAACAGUACGCUGUGAAGGUAAUAAACAAAUCCUUGUGUUCAGACUGCAGGGAAGAGGUAGAAAUCCUGUUGCGGUAUGGACAGCACCCGGGCAUAGUUUCACUAAAAACGGUAUAUGAAGAGUCUGACAAAAUCUAUUUAGUUCUACAGUUGCUAAAAGGGGGCGAUUUACUGGAUUACAUGAUGUCAAAGGGUAGUCUUUCGGAACAAGAAGCAGCGGCUGUAUUAAAAACCGUCGCGGCGACCGUGGCAUAUCUGCACGAGAACGGAGUGGCGCACAGGGACCUAAAACCGGCCAAUAUCCUCUUCGCUUCGGAAGACUGCACUCCCGAGAGCGUAACAAUCUGUGAUAUGGGUUUUGCCAAACAAUUGAGAGCAGACAACGGACUCCUGAUGACGCCCUGCUACACCGCAAACUACGUGGCGCCGGAGGUUUUAAAAAGACAGGGCUAUGACGCCGCUUGCGAUAUAUGGUCCUUGGGGGUCAUCCUGUACAUAAUGCUCUCGGGAAGGUGUCCCUUCAGUACUGCGCCCAACGACAGCCCGCAGCGGAUCCUGCAGAGAAUCAGUUCGGGGAAACUUGACUUACAGGGAGGACGUUGGUCGGAGGUGUCGAACGAAGCGAAAAUGUUGGUUACCGAAAUGCUCCACAUCGUCCCUCAAAGAAGGCCCACUGCCGCGCAACUGGUGAAACACCCGUGGGUGGUUUCCCAGACCAACACGCUGUACCAGUUACGCGCUUUUCCGUCGUCGCACCUAGCCAACAGCAACUAUAUCAACCAGAAACAGGCACAAGCCGCUCCGACCGGGGUUCACUUGAAGGAAACGGUAGCCGCCACUUUUAGGGCCAUCGCCACCUCGCCCCAAGUGGCCCACCUAGGACCCGUGGCGAUGUCAGAGCUGGCGAGGCGGAGGUUCCGUGACAAGGCGCUGACCCGCGUCCAGCAAACCUCAUAAUGUUUGUUGAACGCGCGAAUACUGGUUUCAUAAAGAGAUAUUCGAAGGGGUAGAGGUUACGACGACGGGUUCACCUGCGGCAGGUAACGUGUGUGUGUAAAGUUGUUGAUAUAUUGUUGCAUAAGGUUAAUCACAUUAUUUAUUAUCGAGGAUAUAGAAGAACAGGAGUUUUAUUGAAAUUGUUCAUUAAGCGAAGUGGUAUUCUAAAUGUGAUAAUUACACAGAGGUACGAAAGGCUUCAAAUUGUGUCAAGGAUAUUAUAUAUUAUAUAUUUAAAGCAAAAAUGUUUAAAAGUUUAUAUGUAGCGUAUUCAGUGUAGCGGUUAGCGAAACAAGUUAAAGUUUAAUUUAAUAUUGCUGAUCAAUCGAGUAAAUUAGUCUCUAUGUAUGCGGUAAGAAAAUAAAUUGAUGGGUUGAUUACUUUAUCCUGCGGUAUGUAGCUAAAUGACGACCUCAGUAGAAUAACAUCAAAUUUUUAUGCUGUCUUGAAUGGAGUACUUUGUGUUGUAAAUGUGGUGUACAGCUCUGGACAAAAAAGAUUUCCAAUGUAAAUAGUUGGGAAACUUUUUAUUGUCCGCAGCUGUACUGAGCUGACCAAAUUCGACACUGUUUCCUGAAAAAAUAGAAAAAAAUACUCCGUUUAGAUGUCAUGGGCUCGAUUUUCAAGAAUAGUCGAUAAAAUUAAGAAAACUUCAAAAAUAGCACUCGUGAUAUCUAAC